AUGGAAAACAAAAAGGAAAUAAAAGAUCAAGAGAAAUAAAAACCAAUUGAGAAAUCUAAAUCUUUAGUUCCCAUGUUGGAUAAGGAAGAUAUUGAGACUUUAAAAUCAUAAUUGCAGAAAUAUGAAGAUUUAAAAUAGAAAUAUAAUUUGUGA